UAACUCUGGAACAGACCCUGGACCUGACCCGGAGCCCGCCUGGGACCCGUGAAGGCUGUGACAUGUUCGAUAACUCCAACUACCCCUUCAACUGCUUCAACUACGAUGGAGAAGGAUACCCCAACUCCAGCUCUGACGAGGACAAGAAAAUGUGUCGCCCGGCUUACAGUUACAUAGCCCUGAUCGCCAUGGCGAUCCAGCAGAGCCCAGAGCAGCGGGUGACUCUGUCGGGGAUCUACGAGUUCAUCAUGAAGAGGUUCCCGUACUAUCGCUCCAACCAGAGGGCCUGGCAGAACUCCAUCAGGCACAACCUGUCGCUCAACAGCUGCUUUAUCAAGGUUCCUCGGACUGAAGGGAAUGAGAAAGGCAAAGGAAACUUCUGGACUUUUGCCACAGGCUGUGAGUCGAUGCUGGACCUGUUUGAAAACGGGAACUUCCGACGUCGCCGGCGUAGGAGGAACAUGAAGAUGGGCCUUCGGGAGGCAGAGCCACCCUUUCCCCCUCUGGAGAGUAACCCACACACCUCCGCACAUGUGUCCCGCCGCUGCCCCCCGGACUCACCCCUGUGCCCCCUCCAUCCAGACAGACAGCGCCCUCCGCACAACAACAUGGCCGACAGCUCGAGCCAGGGCAAACCGGAGUCUGAGAUCAAGUUUAGCAUCGACUACAUCCUCUCCACUCCAGAUCCUCCUCUGCAGGGCUUCAGGUCCACCCACGGGCCACUUCACAUAGCACCCACGGGUGCACCCAUACACAUCCUGGAGCCUCAGCACCUCAAUCUGCACUUCUGGACUCUAUGA